GUUGGUUAGGUGUUUGUCAGUGACUGGAGAUUUACUAUCAGUUUAGAAAAAGGGGGAGGAACUAAAGUUAGCUCACAAAUUCCCCACAGGUUUUUGUCUAUGCAGAAGUGCCGGGAGUUUCUCACCCUGAGUUCUGACCUGUAAAUCUGCAAGGAAAUCUUGAGAGUUUUUCUUUUUCUUUUCUUUCUUUCUUUCUUUUUUUUUAAAGGAGGCAGGGAGCUGUGGAUCCAUCCCAUCAUCGGAAUCCUAGCUGAGAAAGAACUUGUAAUGGAGGCUUCACCUCUUGAGUUACCAGCUGACACACUUCAACGCAUCGCAUCUGAACUUAGAUGUCACCUGACAGAUGAGAGGGUUGCCCUUCACCUUGAUAAGGAAGAUAAGCUGAGGCACUUCAGAGAGUAUUUUCAUAUCCCCAAAAUGCAGGAUCUACCUGCAGUUGAUUUAUCUUUAGUGAAUAAGGAUGAAAAUGCCAUCUAUUUCUUGGGCAAUUCUCUUGGCCUGCAACCAAAAAUGGUUAAAGCAUAUCUGGAAGAAGAACUAGAUAAGUGGGCCAAAAUGGGAGCCUAUGGUCAUGAGUUAGGGAAACGUCCUUGGAUUACAGGAGAUGAGACUAUUUUAGGCCUUAUGAAUGACAUUGUAGGAGCCAAUGAGAAAGAAAUAGCCCUAAUGAAUGGUUUGACUGUUAAUUUACAUCUUCUACUGCUAUCAUUUUUUAAGCCUACACCAAAACGGUAUAAGAUUCUUUUGGAAGCCAAAGCCUUCCCUUCAGAUCAUUAUGCUGUUGAGUCACAGCUUCAACUACAUGGACUUAACAUUGAGAAGAGUAUGAGGAUUGUAAAGCCAAGAGAGGGGGAAGAAACAUUGAGAACAGAGGAUAUCCUUGAAGUAAUUGAGAAGGAAGGAGACUCAAUUGCAGUGAUCCUGUUCAGUGCGGUACAUUUUUACACUGGACAGCUCUUUAAUAUACCUGCCAUCACAAAAGCUGGACAAGCAAAGGGUUGUUUUGUUGGCUUUGAUCUAGCACAUGCAGUUGGAAAUGUUGAACUCCGCUUACAUGACUGGGGGGUUGAUUUUGCCUGCUGGUGCUCCUACAAGUAUUUAAACUCAGGAGCGGGAGGUCUUGCUGGUGCCUUUGUCCAUGAAAAACAUGCUCAUACAAUUAAACCUGCCUUCCAGCAAAGUGUCUCAUUAACUACUUCUGAGGAAUUGAUGAAUGAAAUAUGGAAAAAGUCUAAUAAGCCUCAAAAAGAAAGGUUAGUGGGAUGGUUUGGCCAUGAACUCAGCACCAGAUUUAAGAUGGAUAACAAACUGCAAUUAAUCCCUGGGGUUAGUGGAUUUCGAAUUUCAAAUCCUCCCAUUUUGUUGGUCUGUUCCUUACAUGCUAGUUUAGAGAUCUUUAAGCAAGCGACUAUGAAAGCAUUGAGGAGAAAAUCUGUUUUGCUAACUGGUUAUCUGGAAUACAUGAUCAAGCAUUACUGUAACAAAGAUAAAGCAGAUACCAAGAGACCAUUUGUGAACAUAAUUACUCCAUCCUGCAUAGAGGAUCGUGGCUGCCAGCUAACACUAACCUUUUCUAUUCCAAUAAAAGAUGUAUUCCAAGAACUAGAAAAACGAGGAGUGGUUUGUGACAAGCGGGAUCCAGAUGGCAUCCGAGUGGCUCCAGUUCCUCUCUACAACUCUUUUCAUGAUGUUUAUAAGUUUAUCAAUCUACUUGCUUCUGCACUUGACUCUGCAGAAACCAAAAAUACCAGUGUUCUCUAGAACAACUUAAGUAGUACUAAGAGCUACUAUAUUUUAUUAUUGUUGUUCUAAUUUUAAUAAUUGGAAAUUUUUUCAAAACCAAUUGCACAUAACUGGCAAUGAAUCAUUUCGUUUACAGAAAGAUCUGAUAUAUUUUCUCUAGAUGUCUGGGGUUCUGAGGUAUCCACAUGUCUGAUCAAUUUCUCCAUGCGUGGUGGAUCAAAGUUUUCAUUGGUCCAAGUAUUAUGUAUACAGUCUUAGCUAGCUGUCACAUUUCAUGGUCAGUGAAUGUUUUAUGUUGAUUUAAUUUAUAAUUUGACUGACAACUUCAUAAUAUAUGUGCAAUUUUUUGUGUCAAUUUUAGAAAUGUCGCUUUAGUUUUAAUUUACCAAAGAGGUUCUUAUAGUCACUGUAAUUUUGCAGUCUGAUAUAUGUAUGAUUUUGCAGUAUUCCAUCCAACUCUAAUCUAAAGAACAGAAAAUACAUUUUCUAGGGUAGUAGCUUUCAAAUAUUUUGACCACAGUCCACACUAAGAAAUAUGUUUAAUAUCAGAUACCAGUAUUUAUAUGUGUUUGUCUUAUUUUAUUGGUUCUAAUAUACAAACUUUUAUCAUAUUUCAA